UCUCUCAAUCUCAGAGAAGGAACAAGAAAGAAGAAGCCCAUGGAAGCGAUACUCACAGACUGUGUGCACAACAGUCUCCGCCAUUUCAUGUUCAAGAACGCCAUUUUCCUCUGCGAACGUCUCUGCGCUGAGUUUCCCUCUGAGAUUAAUUCGCAGCUUUUAGCUGCUUGCUACUUGCAGAAUAAUCAAGCUUACUCUGCAUAUCAUAUUUUGAAGGGUACCCAAAUGGCUCAAUCCCGCUACUUGUUUGCAAUAUCAUGCUUUCGGAUGGAUUUACUUAAUGAAGCUGAAGCAGCUUUAUGUGCUGCUAAUGAGCCUAAUGCAGAGAUUCCAAAUGGUGCAGCUGGUCAUUAUCUUCUCGGGCUGAUUUACAGGUACACAGACAGAAGAAAAACUGCAAUCCGUCAUUUUAAGCUGGCUUUGUCUAUAGAUCCUUUACUUUGGGCUGCAUAUGAGGAGUUAUGCAUGUUAGGUGCUGCCGAAGAAGCAACUGCAGUUUUUGGGGAAGUAGCUGCUCUUGGAAUUCAGAAACAGUAUUUAAGUCAUGGUUCAUCUUCUCCAAACCUGCAUACUUCCAGUGAGGACCACAAUCUCAUAUCUUCUCGAAACUUCAGUUCAGAAGAUAUCAGUCCAAGGCACUUCAAGAACAUGCAAAGCAAUAACCUUAGAGAUGUUCCCAGUAACCAUCAUGGAGCAUCUAUGCUGAGUGGAGCUGCUACACAGCCUUUAAAUGGUGGAACUUCAAACAUGCCAUUUUACAAUACUCCUUCACCAAUGGCUUCACAGUUGUCAGGUGUUGCUCCACCACCUCCAUGCAGAAAUGUGCAUCCCAAUGGCUCAAACCUUAAUACACUUAAUGUGGAUAGUUCGCCAAAAUCAAUUGUGAACUCUACCAUACAAGCACCUAGAAGAAAGUUUAUGGAUGAAGGAAAAUUAAGAAAGAUUUCUGGGAGAUUAUUCUCUGAUUCUGGUCCACGCCGAAGUACAAGAGUUGCUGCAGAUGCUGGGGCAAACAUUAAUGCAGGUGCUACCACAGCAGCUGGAAAUGGGGCCAACAACUCUAAUAAAUAUCUUGGUGGUUCCAAGUUGAGUUCUGUCUCACUUCGUUCUGUGACCGUUCGUAAGGGUCAGGCUUGGGCUAAUGAAAAUAUAGAAGAAGGAACAAGGAAUGAGGCUUUUGACGAUUCUCGUGCAAGUAUUUCAUCUACAACUUCUAGUUCAUUAUCUUCUGGUGACACUAAAUCCCUAGAGCAGGAUGGUGUGAAUGUUCCAUCUGGUGGGGUUGCUCUGAGCAGUUCAAGGGUCAUGACUGGUGCAUCAGAAAUAUUAGGCCUUCUGAGAAUUCUUGGAGAAGGCUACCGACUAUCUAGCAUGUAUAGGUGCCAGGAUGCACUGGAUGUCUAUCUGAAACUACCACAUAAGCAUUAUAACACGGGCUGGGUGCUUUCCCAGGUUGGGAAAGCAUAUUUUGAGUUGGUAGAUUAUUUAGAAGCUGAUCGUGCAUUCAGUCUUGCACAUCGGAUAUCACCUUACAGUUUAGAAGGAAUGGAUAUAUAUUCGACUGUUCUAUAUCAUUUAAAGGAAGAUAUGAAGUUGAGUUACUUGGCUCAAGAACUGAUAUCAACUGAUCGCCUAGCUCCUCAAUCAUGGUGUGCAAUGGGAAACUGUUACAGCAUGCAGAAAGACCACGAAACUGCUCUGAAAAAUUUCCAGCGAGCUGUGCAGCUAAAUUCAAGAUUUGCCUAUGCACAUACCCUUUGUGGUCAUGAGUAUGUAGCUUUAGAGGAUUUUGAGAAUGGACUGAGGAGCUACCAAAGCGCACUACAGAUUGAUGCAAGGCACUAUAAUUCCUGGUAUGGGCUUGGAAUGAUCUUUCUUCGACAGGAGAAGUUUGAGUUUGCUGAACAUCACUUCCGAAAAGCCUUUGAAAUAAAUCGGCGAUCGUCUGUUAUAAUGUCUUAUCUUGGUACAGCUUUGCAUGCCUUAAAGAGAAGUGAGGACGCUCUGAUGAUGAUGGAGAGGGCUAUUGUAGCAGACAAGAAGAAUCCUCUUCCCAUGUAUGAGAAGGCUAAUAUACUCAUGAGCUUGGAAAAGUUUGAUGAAGCACUAGAAGUCCUAGAGGAACUUAAGGAGUAUGCCCCCCAUGAAAGCAGUGUCUAUGCUUUGAUGGGCAAGAUCUAUAAGCAGCGUAACAUGCAUGAGAAGGCCAUGCUUCAUUUUGGUAUUGCUUUGGAUUUGAAGCCAUCUGCAACUGAUGUUGCUUUAAUCAAGGCUGCCAUUGAAAAGUUACUUGUACCUGAUGAAAUAGAAGACAACUUGUAAAUUGGCUAUAAGUUUGGAGACACAGAUAGCAGAGCACAUCCUGUAGACUAUCCGGCUCAGAACACUUGGGCCCUGAGGAACACUGACCAGCCCGUGCUGUCGAUUGGUCAUUAAAAACGAGGAAAGAAAUUCAAGCCUUGAGGUCAGUAUCAUUUUCAUGGCCACGGUGUUUUGCCUUGUCAGAUCUUGUGAAUGUCACCUCAGUUUAUUUUGGCGAUUCACAUACUAACAAAGGACUUGAUGUAACAAAAAAUGAGUUGGGGCUCCCACACUUGUAUCCGUAGCUGUAUUUAUCCACCUUUUGUUUUUUCGGCCCAAAAAACAGAUGUAUUUAUCCACUUGAGAACAGAGGUUUGUAUCCUUUCCAGUCUUGUUUAACAUUUUCUCAGGCGUUCACGAGUUUGUAUAUUAGAAAUCUCAAGUUUUAAUCUUAAAAUGGGUUGAGAGAGGAUUUGAAAAUAAAAUGAUUAUCUCAUA